AUGGAAGCUGAUCCAGAUGAACUAUUAGUUUGGCUGAAAGGAGAUGGAGGUGGUGAACGUGAUCUACAAAUAUCGGCACUUGAGCAACUUUGUAUGCUCGUACUAAUGUGCGAUAAUAUUGAUCGAUGUUUUGAACAGUAUCAACCUCGACUUUUCCUUCCAGCUCUCUGUGAUAUAUUCAGUGAUCCACUAGCUCCAACACGUGUACUUGAAGUAACAGCACGUGCAUUAACAUAUUUUCUUGAUGUAUCUGUUGAUUGUGCAAAAAAAAUCACUCAACAUUCAUCAGCUAUACGUUCAAUGUGUGCAUGGUUACAAGUUGUUGAUAUUGAAGAUCGUACAAAUAAAGAUUUAGCUGAACAAAUAAUAAAAGUUUUUGAACGUUUAUGUUCAAGAGAAGCAACAAGUAUAUAUGAACAAGAUGGUCUUCGUUGUGUACUUGAUUUUAUAAAUAAUUGGUAUUCAGUUAUACAUAAAGAUUCAUUACAAUCAGCAUUAAAUGUUGUUGUAAAAUUAAUUGGUAAAAUUGAUCCACAAAAUUCACCAACACUUGAUCAAACAAUUGAAUCAUUAUCAAAAUUACUUUUACAUGUUGAUACAUUUGUAUCUGAUAAUGCUUUAAGAUGUUUUGCAACAUUAGCUGAUAGAUUCGCAAGAAAAACUGUUGAUCCUGAACCAUUAAUGCGUUAUUGUUUAAAAGAUGUUCUUCUUCGAUCAUUGCAUUAUGUAUCAAAAUCAACUGGUAAUGCGUUAACACCAGUUUCAUCAUCAACAAAUACAACAAUCGAUAAUACAAGAACACAUAAUGUACCAUUAUCAACAUCAAAUACACGUGGUGUUACAACAAAUUUAUCCGUUGUAACUGGUUUAUUAUCAACACUUUGUCGUGGUAGUGCAAAAGUAACACAUGAUCUUCUUCGUUCUGAUCUUCCUGAUGCACUUGAAUCAGCUUUAUGUGGUGGUGAUGAAAGAUGUGUACUUGAUACAAUGCGAUUUCUUGAUCUACUUAUUGUCUUACUUUUCGAGGGACGUCAAGCCCUUCCACGUCCAAUAGGUACAUUACGCGCAUCGAUUACACCAAGUACAACAACAAAUACAACGAAUGCUUCUAUUCCAAUAACAAAUACAACAACUGAUACAACUCGACGUUCACCAUCAUCAUUAACAGCAACAGCAACAUCAACAUCAACAUCAACAUCAACAUCAACAAACAAUGGUAUAAUACCAUCUGAUCGUUCACAACAACAAAUUAUUGAAUAUAUACGUUCACGUGAUGUUCAAGGAUUUAUAAAUCAUAUUGAACAAGGUAAUAUUGAUGUUAAUUAUACAGAUAAUGUUGGUCAAACAAUGUUAAAUUGGGUUGCUGCAUUUGGUACACGUGAAAUGAUUGAAUAUUUAUGUCGACGUGGUGCUGAUGUUAAUCGUGGUCAACGUUCAUCAUCAUUACAUUAUGCAGCUUGUUUUGGACGACCAUCAAUUGUACGUCUUUUAUUAAAAUAUGGUGGUAAUGUUGAUUUACGUGAUGAAGAUGGUCGAACAGCUUUAGAUAAAGCACGUGAACGUCAAGAUGAAGGUCAUCAAGAAGUUGUUGAAAUUCUUCAAUCAGCACAUGAAUGGACUGAUAUAAGACGACAAGAUUCAACAAUACAACCAAAUAUAAAUUCAUCAAUAAAAACUCUUGAACAAACUACAACAACAAAUGAAAUCAAAGGUGAUAUUGAAAUGCAACCAAUUUAUUUACAACGUUUAUUAUCAAUAUUUUGUCAAUUAUAUCAAAAUACAAUGAUAUUAACAAUAAAACGUAAUACAUUACGUUUAAUAUCAAAAUUAUUACAUUAUGCAACAAUUGAACAAAUAAAUGAAUAUUUAAUGAAUAAUGAAAUAAAUAUUUUAACUACGUUAUUUGAAUUAUUAAGUUCAAUAUUAGAUACAAAUGAAGAUGAUGAUGAUACAUCAAAUCUUGUUUUAUUAAUUAUUAAAAAUUUAUUUGAAAAAGAUCGACAUCUAUUUCUUGAACAAUUUCAAUAUUUAGGUUUAAUAUGGAAAAUAACAUCAUUAGCAUUAUCACAUCCAAUAACAUCGACAUCAACUGUAACAAAUAUAAAUUCUGAACAACAACAACAUCAACAACAACAACAACAACAAUCUUCAUUAUCAAUUAAUAUUCUUGCUAUUGAUGCUAAAGAAAUUCUUUCUCAUCGACCAUAUGUUUGGAAUGAAUUUAAUUUAUUACGAAAUCGAGAAUGUUUAUAUAUAUGGAAUAAUUCAAUUGCUAUUGAAUUAUCAAUGGGUUCAAAUGGAUGGUUUAGAUUUUUUGCUGAUAAUUCUUUAUCAACAAUGUAUUCAUCAGGAAGUCCAGAAACAAAUGUAGAUACAAGUGAAAAUCGUCAUGAUUUUAUUGAUAAACUUCAACGAUUAAAACAACAAGUACUUGAUUGUAUAGGACAUGAAAAAAAUGAUGAAAAUAUAAAAACAAUCGAUGGAGAACAACAACAAAUAAUGAUAGCACGAACUAUUUUUACAUCAGAUACAAGUAAUGAACGAACAAUAACUGUUGGUAAUUGGACAUUCGAAUGUAAUGGACCAACACAACUUCGAAUUCAUAAUGUUGAAGGAGAACAGAUAACAAUUAUUGAACAAGGUCAACCAGGUUUUAUAUUUGAAUCGAAUCGUGGUACUCGUCAUACAUAUCAUGCACAAACAGCCUUAGGCAAUGAAUUUUCAAUACCAUGGUCAACAAUUGAAUCAUUAAAUUCUUCAUCAUCAUCAUCAUCAAAUUCAAUUGAUCCAUCAUCAAAUAUUUCAAUAACAAAAACUUCAUCAGUUCCAAUAGGUAAAACAAAACAAGAACAAAUGAAACAUCGUACAACUGAAUUAGCAUUAUAUAUCUAUAAUGAAUAUUUAAAAAAUGUUACACCAACCAAUUAUACACGUUCAAUAUUAAAUGAACUUAAAUCAAUCGUUAAUGAUUUAAAUAAUAAUUUAAAUUCAAAUUCAUUUGAAAGAUUAAAAAAAUUUUUACUUGAAAAAACAAGUUUAUCAUUAUAUGAAUUAUCAUCAUCAGGUCUUGUUAGUAGUUUAUUAAAAAUUUUUCAUGGUUUACUUGAUCAAUCAUCUGAUGAAAUAAAUCUUGCAAAUGAACGAUCAAAAUUAUUUUGUUCAAUAUUUCUUUCUGAUGAACAACCACAAGCAUUUCAAAUUCUUAUACGUAAACUUAUAUCAAUAUUAGAAUCAAUUGAAAAAUUACCAUUAUUUUUAUAUGAUACACCAUCAAAUUAUGGUUUACAAAUAUUUUCAAAACGUUUUCGUUUUCAACUUCAUUAUCAAAAUCAACAACAAUUAUUUACUGAUAGAACUGGUAAAUCAUUAAAAAUUGAACCAUUAGCUACAGUUGGACAAUUAAAAACAUUUCUUGCAUCAAUGGUUUCAAAACAAUGGUAUGAUCAUUCACAUGGACAUUUAGAAUUUGUUAAACGUUUAAAAUAUGAUGGUCGACAACAAUUUACAUAUGUAAAUGAUUUUGAUCAAAAUGGAAUUUUCUAUUGGAUUGGUACAAAUGCUAGAACAGCAUCUGAUUAUACAAAUCCUAAUUCAACUGGACUUAUUUCAGUUACUUGUUCAGAUAAUAAUUGUUCAUCUCAACAAUUAUCAGAAAUGAUUUCACAUACAUCACGUACAGAUGAUGAUGAGAAUACUAAUGAUAUACAUCAUGGUUUUAGUUGGAUUAUGAUUGAUUUAGGUUUAUUUAUUAUUCCAACACAUUUUACAUUACGACAUAGUACUGGUGGUUUUCCACAUUGGACAAGAAGUUUUCUAUUUCAAAUAUCAAAAGAUGGAACACAUUUUAUACCAUGUGAAAUAUCAUUAGUUAAUGAUACAAAUUCAUCAAUAGCAACAUGGACUAUUAAAAAUAAUCUAAACGAGAAUUCAACUGGCUUUAGAUAUAUACGUAUUCAUCAAAAAUGUGGUCGACAUCCUGUUUCUAUUUCUGGUUUGGAACUUUAUGGACAAGUCAUUUCAGCAGUUGAUAUUCGUUCAAAACCAGAAUUAGGUCGUUCUCGUUCCAAUCGUGAUGAUAAUCGAAAUCGUUCAACGAAUUCUCGUCAAACUCCAUCUUAUCAUCAUUCACAUUCAAUAUCAUCUGCCAAUACUCGCGCAAGUAAAAUGCAAUCACAUAUUUUACGACGUUUAGCAAGUAUGCGUACAACCGGUAUAACAACAAUAUCAUCAUCAUCUACAGGAAAUUCGAAUGGAUCAAAUAAUAAUACAAAUAAUAAUAGAUCAACUUCGUCAACAAUUGAUCGAAUUUUAUUUGAUCAAAUGGUUGAUCUUUCAUCAAUUCCUAUUGAUUUAUCAACAGCUCUUGAAUCCGAUGAUCCAGAACGAUUACGAAUGGUUAUUCAAGAAACUCUUUCACGUUUAACUGGUGAUACAAUAUUAAAUGAAAAUACUAAUUUACUUAAUUUAAUUUCACAACGUAAAAGUGUUUCAACACCAAAUAUAAGUAAUGGUGAACCAGUAUUUUCUGUUUCAUCAACUGAACAAGCAUCAAGUGCUGAAAGUCUUAUUUCAUCAUCUCGUACAACAGAUCAUACAAUUGAUCUUAUGCAAGGAUUUCGUGAUCAAAUAGCACGACAAUAUGAUGCAUUAGUUGCUCAAACACAACUUGAACCAACUAUUGAAGAACCAACAACAUCAGUUUGGCUUUCAUCAUCAACAGAAGAUUUUUUAACACCAAUUCGUUCAAAUACAUCAAAUGCUAAUAAUUGGCUUGAACUUGGAGAAUAUAAUGAAGAAACAUUUCUUACAUCAAAAGAUGAAAUAAAAGAUAAACAUGAUAAUACUUUAUUGAAUACAUCGAAUGAUAAUAAUAAUUGUGAAACACGUCUUUUUACUUCAGCUCAAACUACACCUAUUACAACAACAACUCAUUCACGACAAUCAAUUAGUAGUACAACUGAAUCAGUUGAAUCAAUAUGUGCUGUAACAGAAGAAAAUAAUAAAAAGAAUGCAACUAGUGAAUGUUCUGAACAACGUAUCAUAUUAUUAGAGAAUGAUAUGAAUGCAAGUGUACCAAAUCUUUCUACAACAAAUCCAAAUAAUAUGACUUUAUCAAAUCUCUUAACAACAGCACAAAGUUCACCAAAUUUAACAACAACAACAUUAAAUGUAGCAAAUGUUGUUAUAAUUGAUGAUGAAUCAAUGCCAAUUGAAGAAUCACGAAGUUUAUCUGAAAUUCCAUUAUCUGAUCAACAACAAAAACAAAAUGAUGAAACAAGUGAUGAUGAAGAUAUGGAUGAUGAUGAACAUUGUCAAUUAAAACGUGCAAAAUUAAAUAAUCAACAAAUUCAACCACCAAUGGAUACUAAUGAAGAUGAUGAGGAUGAAGAUGACGACGAAGCAGAUGAAGAAGAACCUGAACAAGACGAAAAUUGUGGUCUAUUUGAUGAACAGGAAGAAGAAGAAUAUGAUGAACAAUUACAAGAACAAAUUCAUGGUGAACAACAAUCAGUUACACGUCGAAAUUGGGAUGACGAUUUUGUUUUAAAAAGACAAUUUUCUGUUCUACUUCCAGCAUUUGAUGGACGACCAGGUAGAACAAAUAUUAAUGCAACUCAAGAUAUUCCAGUACCAACAACAAUGACACCAAAACAAUCAACUCUAUCUAAACAAAUGUCAACUACAGAUGUAAUAGCUGCUUCUAAUAUGACUUUAUAUAUUCGUGGACCAUCACCACAAAUACCAGGAUUGAAAGAGAUUGAUAUUGAAAUGGAUGAUCCAGAUGCAGCAAUUUUUAAGUAUGUUCAACAAUUAAUUAGACCAUUUCCAUCAUCACAACGAUCUGAACGUAUUAAACGAAUUUUUGAGCCAACAUAUACUAUUGUCUAUACUGAAAAAUCAAAAUCAGACACAUAUCAAUCUUUAUCAUCAUGUUCAACUAAUCUUGAUAUGAUGUCAAUAAUAAAUGAAAAUAUUCAACAAUCAUCUACUUCAAAUAUAAUAUCAAAUGAUCCAAAAGAUGUUUGUACAAUUGAAGAUAUUCUUGAAUUACUUCGUCAAUUAUAUUAUUUAUCAAAUACAUAUAUUCAAACAAAUCCUCAUUAUUAUCAUCAUUCUGAUGAAAAUUUUUCAUUUGAUAAUUAUUUUUAUUCAAAAAAAUUAAAUAAUAAAUUAUUACAACAAAUACAAGAUUCAAUUGUAAUAGCAUCGUCAAGUUUACCUAUAUGGACAGAAUGGUUAACACAUUCAUAUAAAUUUUUAUAUCCAUUUGAAACACGUCAAUUAUAUUUUCGUACAACGAGUUUUGGUACAUCACGUUCAAUUGUGUGGUUACAAGAACGUCGAGAUGAAUUAAUACGUGCUGCACGUACUGGUGGUUUAUUACGUCCAUUAGGUGGUUCAACAACGACAACAACAACAACAUUAUCAUCAUUUCGUGUUGUAUCAAAUUCAAAUGAAAAUUCAUCAACAACAUCAAAUUUAUUUGUUCCUGAAUUUCGUUUAGGUCGUUUAAAAAUUGAUCGUGCAACACCAAUUGAUCGUGAACGUAUAUUACGUGAUGCUAUGAAUUUAUUUCAUUAUCAUGCUAAAUCAAAAGCUAAAUUAGAAAUACAAUUUUUAAAUGAAGAAGGUACUGGUGACGGACCAACAUUAGAAUUUUAUGCAUUAAUUGCAAAUGAAUUACAAAAACAUUCACUUGGUUUAUGGUGGCAUCAUGAUGAUUAUGAACAUAAUCAAACAAUUUAUGUUAGAAAAUUAGAAGGUCUUUUUCCUAUUCCAUAUGCACAAAAUGAUGAAAAAUUAGAUAUUAUUUGUAAUUAUUUUUCAUUAAUUGGAAUUUAUUUUGCUAAAUGUUUAUUAGAUAAAUAUUUAAUUGAUAUGCCAUUAUCAAUAGGAUUUCUUAAACUUUUAUGUAUGAAAUCAAAAUAUAAGAAUGAUUCAAAUAUAUGGUAUGAUGGUAUAUUAGAUUUAAAUGAUUUAAUUGAUAUUGAACCAUCACGUGGAAAAUUUUUUCAACAACUUUAUCAAUUAAUUGAAAAACGAAAUAAAAUAUUGAAUGAUAUUAAUAAAACGAAUGAAGAAAAAAAAUUUUUAUGUUCACAAUUAAAAAUAGAAAAUGAUCAACAUGAAUCAGUUGAUCUUGAACAUUUAUGUUUAACUUUCGUUUAUUCACCACCAUCAAUUACUUAUGGUUAUCAAUCAAUUGAAUUAAUACCAAAUGGAUCACAUAUUGAUGUUACUAUUGAUAAUGUUGAUCAAUAUGUUAAAUUAUCUUUAGAAUUUAUUUUUCGUGAUGGUAUUCGACGUCAAAUGGAUGCUUUUCGAAAUGGAUUUAAUCAAGUAUUUUCAAUUGAACAUUUAAGAUGUUUUAAUCCACAUGAAUUAAAACUUCUUUUAUGUGGAAAUCAAUGGCCAUCAUGGACAUUAGAUGAUUUACUUAAUUAUAUAGAACCUAGUCAUGGUUUUACACGAGAAAGUGCUGGUUUUACAAAAUUUCUUAAUGUUAUGUUAGAACUUGAUGGUCUUGAAAGAAAAUCUGUUGUUCAAUUUAUUACCGGCUGUUCAUCAUUACCACCUGGUGGUCUUGCUAAUCUUCGACCUCGUUUAGCUGUAGCACGUAAAGUUGAAGCCGAUGAUAAUUCAUAUCCAUCAGUCAAUACAUGUUAUCAUUAUCUCAAAUUACCGGAUUAUUCAAACCAAGAAAUCCUUAAAGUUCGUCUCAUGACAGCAUGUAAAGAACGAGGAUUUUAUUUUAAUUAA